AUCAUCAGGCGUUAAAACAUUUCCCCUAGUUUUUCUCCCGCCGCUUUUAUACGACGAUCCAGUAAUUAUAUUUGUAUUUGUAUUUUUAUUUUUAUAUAAUCGUAUAUAGUGUAGUACAGAAUAGGAAUCAGGACAAUCGAAUCAGCGAUCCGUCCAUCGGAGAUGGGCGACGCGGCGGCGGCGGCAGCAGCAGCGAAUUUGAACUACGCUGAGGAGAUUCCUAAAGUGGUAGAGCAAGCUAAGGAAUUGCUGGAUGCCGCUGGCUCUCUGAUCUCUCGCACCUCUCGCGAGGAAGACUCCAUCCGCCAGCGAGCCUCCUCGCUCGAUUCACAAAUCCGACGCUUCCGAGACUCCAUCCGCUCCGGCAACUUCGAUUCCGUACAAGCUGAGAAAUGGGAUGAGGAACUAAUCAAAGCUAGUUACAUACUGAGCGAAGGAGAUGCAGCCGCAUUUCUUCCGACCAAAUCUCAUGGGCAAUUCCUGAGGAUGCUUCUGGGUCCGGUUAAUGUUCGUGCUAACAGGAAGGAUGUUCAGUUGAAAGUGAAAGAGGAAUAUAAUAGUUUCAGGGAUCGGACAGCAUAUCUCUUCCUUAUUUUCCCAUCACUACUACUUAUUUUAAGGUCUUGGAUUUGGGAUGAAUGUCUGCCUGCAUUGCCGGUCCAACUGUACCAGGCAUGGUUGCUUUACCUUUACACGGGUUUAUCUUUGCGAGAGAACAUUUUGAGAGUGAACGGAAGUGAUAUUCGUCCAUGGUGGAUAAAGCAUCAUUAUUGUGCUAUGGCUAUGGCAAUUAUUAGUCUUACCUGGGAAAUAGAGAGGGAACCAAACUGUGCCUUAAAGCAGAAAGGAGUGCAUCUAUUCCUGAAAUGGGCAGUUAUGCAAGGUGUUGCUAUGAUUCUCCAAAAUAGAUACCAAAGGCAAAGACUAUACACACGUAUUGCUCUGGGCAAGGCCAGGAGAAUGGAUGUUGUCUGGGGAGAAACUUCUGGUGUUGAGGGCCAAUUGUUGCUUUUAUUCCCUAUACUGUUCAUCUUGCAGGGUUUUGAAGCAUAUGUUGGGUUGUUGUUACUUAAAACUGCUGUUGUGGGUGUUGUCUCUGAGUGGCAGGUUGUUACCUGUGGAAUCCUUUUGAUAGUCAUGGCAGUUGGGAAUUUCGCUAACACGGUGCAGACACUUGUGACAAAAUCUCGUGUCAAAGCAAAGAUGAGAAGAUGUAAAAGCAAGCAAGAUUUGAGUGCAGAAUCAGUUGACAAGAGUUCGUAAUUGGGAGGGAGGGAGGGAAUUCCAUUCCUGGUCCAAGCUUCUGAUGCUGACUUGUGAUUUCAAAAUGGAAUUGUUUGUCUGUCUUUAUUGUAUUAAUUAAAAUUAUAUGUAGGCUUGCAUCCAGCCAUGUGCAAUUGUUCUUGUGUAUUAAUUGGUUUCUUUGAGAGGUAGAAUUUUUCAUGUAUCAGGGGUAUUUCCUAAUUAUACAACAACCAACUUAGAUUUUUUUGCCAUUUCUUAUAAAUCACAACUUUGUUUACCUUCUGAAA